AUGUCGAUCAAACAAGAAAUUGAAACAUGGGUGAGCGCUCUCGAUGCCUAUGAGAACCAAGACUUCGACGAGGCAUUGCGCUAUUUCGAUCAAAUCGCCGACACGUCAAAGAUAUUAUUCAAUUGCGGGGUUAUUUAUGCGACGCUGGGCGAGCAUGGUAAAGCGGUAGAAUGCUAUCAACGCGCUACCGGUCUAGACCGGUAUCUGGCAAUCGCUUAUUUUCAACAAGGAGUGUCCAACUUCCUGCUCGGAGACUUUGAGGAAGCAUUAGCCAACUUCAAUGAUACUCUCCUCUAUCUGCGCGGAAACACCUCGAUUGAUUAUGAACAGUUGGGGUUGGUCUUCCGACUCUUCUCCUGUGAAGUUCUAUUCAACCGAGGUCUCUGCUAUAUCUAUCUUCGGCAGAUGAACCCAGGAAUCCAAGAUCUUGAAUAUGCAGCCAAAGAAAAAGUCACGCCUGAUCACGAUGUGAUCGACGAUGCUAUCCGUGAGAAUGCAGAUGGAUACACCGUCUUCUCAAUUCCAGUUGGGGUCCUCUAUCGCCCGAACGCAGCCAAAGUCAAGAAUCUCAAGACCAAGGACUACCUAGGCAAAGCGCGUCUAGUUGCCGCGUCUGAUCGCACCCAAACUUCCGAUCACCAGUGGAGGCCAAUGCCGGUUGACAAGGGUGCCCUCCAAGGUCGCGCAGGUGUCUCAUUUGCCUCGAGCAACUUAGUACGCGACAAUCUCAGUAGCCGCACUCGCCAGCAAUCCGAACCUCCCCUCAACCGCAAUGUAUUCCCACCAACGCCACCGCCAGAUGAUCGAUCAGUCAACGCAUCAGGAAGCCAAUCAACCACUGGACAUCAGCGCUCGUCAUCUCUACGCCUGGCCCGCCCACCACGCUUGGACCUGGACCGCACAGGAGCCGCUCUAGACCGACGAGUACCAAACCCAAGUCAAGAAAAACCACGCAUAGGAACCACGCGCACAGCAUCAGAGCCUCGCGGCCCAUCCCGAUACAGCAACAUGCGAGGAUUUGCCGAACCAGACCAAAUCGAACGGUCAAGCUUACAAGGUCAUCGCCGGAAUCUCAGCGAUACAAACCCGGUCUUUGAGUCAGAAUACGGACAAGACUCUCGUGACCCGUACUCACCCCAACGAACCCCGGGCUCAGGAUGGGGUCGAGGUUCCCGUCACCAACCACCCCAAUUCAUAGAGGAAGAGGAAGAGUACGUCGAAGGGGGCCACCCUGCGUCGAAUUUGAACGAAAAGUUCGAGCUCGUGGGUGCGGGUCCGAGCCAUCGGCGCACACCAUCCCCGGUCCGGAAUUCUCGUCACACUACGCGACGGUCGGGGAUCCAAAAAUUCCGCACGAAGGUCCAUGCGCCCGAUGACACGCGAUACAUUAUGAUCGGGCCGACCAUCACAUUCGCCGAGUUUGAGAGUCGCAUACAAGAGAAGUUUGGGUUCAAGUGUCCUCUCAAAAUCAGGGUUCAGGAUGAUGGGGACAUGAUCACAAUGGUUGAUCAGGAAGAUUUGGAUUUAUUGGUUAGCUCGGCGAAGGAGGUGGCGAAGAGGGAAGGGAGUGAGAUGGGGAAGAUGGAGAUCUGGGUUGAGGAACGAGCAAUGAUUUGA